GACCAAGGAAUCGCCCCCGCCUACCGCUCCUCCUCGAGGAGAGGACAAUGAGAAUGGUGUUGUCACAGCGCCAAAAAGAAGAAUUGAAUAGAGCAAUUGCUGACUACUUACUUUCCAGUGGCCACGUAGAUUCUCUUGAAGCCUUCAAGAGAGAAGCAGACAUCAGUGGAGAUGUUGACAAAAAGUAUACUGGGUUGUUGGAAAAAAAAUGGACAUCGGUUGUCAGGCUUCAGAAACGGGUGAUGGAGCUAGAAGCCAAAUUGGCUGAAGCUGAAAAAGAGUUUAUUGCUGGGGCACCCACAAGGGAAAAACGAAGCCCAGCAGAGUGGAUUCCCAGAGCUCCAGAGAAGUACAUUUUGUCUGGUCAUCGGGCACCAGUUACUAAGGUGGUGUUUCAUCCGGUUUUCAGUGUUUUCGUUUCGGCUAGUGAAGAUGCAACUAUUAAAUUAUGGGAUUUCGAAACGGGUGACUUCGAACGCACGCUCAAGGGCCACACUGACUCGGUGCAGGACGUAACCUUUGACUCGAACGGGAAAAUGCUUGCCUCUUGCAGCGCUGACAUGUCGGUCAAGUUGUGGGAUUUCAAUACGUUCGAGUGCACCAAAACGUUGCAGGGUCAUGACCAUAACGUAAGCAGCGUCACCUUUCUCCCUACGGGCGAUUUUCUCGUCUCGUCCAGUCGUGAUAAAACCAUAAAAAUCUGGGAAGUGGCAACGGGGUAUUGUGUCAAGACCCUUUCAGGACACCGAGAAUGGGUGCGACAGAUCAGGGUGUCACCUGACGGUCUUUUACUCGCCUCUUGUUCCAACGAUCAAACCGUCCGCAUAUGGCUCCUUUCAUCUAAAGAAUGCAAGAUGGAAAUGCGAGAGCACGAGCACGUCGUUGAGUGCGUAGCAUGGGCUCCCGAAUCUGCUACAGCAGCUAUCCAAGAAGCCACCGCUUUGGCGGCCUCCUCGUCGAAUUCCGCACCGAGCGAGAACCAUAAAAAAUCCAAUCUCACGGGCCCAUUUUUGGCAUCGGGGUCGCGGGAUAAAACCAUCAAGAUCUGGGACGUAUCGACUGGCCUCUGCGUGCUGACGUUGACUGGGCACGACAAUUGGGUGCGGGGCCUGGUCUUCCAUCCGGGUGGCAAGUACUUGCUCAGCGCCGCUGAUGACAAGACGCUUCGCGUAUGGGAUCUUCGUCACAGGCGGUGCCUCAAAACUCUCGAAGCUCACCAACACUUUUGCACGUCUCUGGAUCUCCAUCGUACGGCGCCCUAUGUCGUGACGGGCAGUGUCGAUCAGACGGUCAAAGUCUGGGAAUGUCGCUGAAAAACAAAAGCACGCAAAGAGAAGAAGAAAAACCAGCGCUAACAAAACAAAUACCGAUAAACCAGAUAAAAAGCUAUCAAACUAAUGCGGUUAUUUCAUAGAACCCUUAAAUAUUUUCUUUUUUUUGCAUUCUUUAACUCUCUAAAAAUUAAAACAAACAAAAAAAAAAGACAUUCACCACUCUUCUUCUUCUGUGAAGUGUAAAAAUCCUCCUUCAGUUCUUCUUCACAAAACAUCCUCCUUUUUUGCAGCAGCAGCAACACAAAGCCGGGCAGGGCGCGGUGUUCCCACCAGUGUGCCAUUGUUGGUUCUAUUUAAAAAAAAAAACAACAAAAACAAACAAAAAAAAAAUGGAAAAUUGGAAAGAAAAAUAUCUACACCCUCAAUAGGAACAGAGAUCGAUCCAGAGUGGAUUUUUUUGUUUUCAUUCUUGCUUGAAAGCUGACGCACUUGUAUCCUCUCUCGAAUAACGGCGCACUAUACAACUUCUUCUCCAACAAAAACAAACACAUCAGUAAUGUCGUGCAUCUUUUACACAGCCUUUCAGAAUAGGUCAAAAGAAAGUGUGUUUCAUUCCUCCCUUCCGCGCUCCCUUCCAUUUUGUUUUGUUUUGUAAAAUUUUUCCCUUCACACCCGGGCCUGUACAUGCUAUCUCUUUAAUUUUUCACUCUUCUUAAUUUUUUCUUUUGUUCCAGCACAUGAAGGAAUAACGGGGAAAAUUCUUUCUUUCAUUUUCAUGCCAUCAUCGUUUGUUAAACGUGUAAAAAUCACGAAACCUUUUAUUUUUUUUUUAUUUUUUUGUAGUUACAUUAAUUUUUUUUUUUGAAAACCUCCCGGUUGUAUCUUCUGUUCUGUUUUUUCUUUCUUUAGGUGCGCCUGGAAAAAUUAUAUUUAAUUAUAAUUUUUUUUGUUUUUUCCUCCUUUUCAUCGCCUUUUCGUCUGACCCUCCGCCUUUUUCCUACUCCCUCCUUGAUUAUUAUAAUUAUAACGAUUAUUAUUUUGUGGUUAAAUUGUUUAGUUAUCAUCUCAUUUACCUUAACUCAAAUUCAAUGUUUUUUUUUUCCUUGUUGCCGCUGCUGCUGUCCUUUCGGUAAUACAUCCACAAUGUGGCAAUGGUGUCGAUAAAGAG